UACGUCAAUCUUGCUGAUUUUUCGUUCAGUUUCAAAAUAAAUGAAAUAAAAAACAAGGGAUACUAUUAAUGCCGUGUCUCUGGCCUCAGUGCGAGCUUACGACGCAUCGCGCGCGCCCGCACGGUUGCCGCCAUUUCCCUCGCGACACGCGUUCGAUAUUUGAAUUUUCAAUUUCAAAAGACCAUAGACCAGUUUUCUUUUUGUGGCCGUUCUGUGAGUGACGUUCUUGUGUAGUAGUGUUGUGAUAGUGUUGAAGUGUAACUCACAAAACUUAAUUUAAAAAAAAAGAAACUAUUUUUUUGGUGUUUGCUGAAAACCGUUUUGUGAAGUUUUCCAUAAGUCAAAUGAUUGUUCAGAUCAAAGUUAAGCUGAGAUGAAGGAGAGAAUAACACAUACGUUUCACACGCUUGACUGCUUAAGGUGUUCAAAAUUGUCAAGCACGGCGAUGAGCACGCGGCGGCCGCGGUAAGCGGCGGCGGGCCGGCGGGCGGAUGCGCCCGCGCGGCCGGCCGGCGCCGCGAGCACACGGCCGGCUACUAUGCGCAUGCCGAGAGCCCUCACCACUCUGCUCGCGGUGCUGUGUGGGGCAGUGGCGGGCGACGUGUUGACGAACGCGAGUCGCGAGCGCCGGACGCCUCGCCAGCAUCACCGCGCGCCUAUAGAAGAAGAGUGGAAAAGAUCGCAUUGGCGCGAGAUGCAGCAGCUCCUGGUGCAUGAGGCGCGGAACCACAGCGACGGCGUGGACUGCUGCCCCACCGUGCACGAGAUGACGGCGCCGCAGGGCGGCCGCACGCUCAGCGGCCUCUUCGUCGAACUGUACCGAGACGGCGAGAACAACAUGCAGCUCUACGAGAUCUCCUGCGCCGCCGGCGUCGUCGACAAGCCCUGCCGGUUCGUCGACGCCCGGCUCUACAACCAGUCGCGGUGCAUCCAAAAAUACUCCUACUCGUACGCCCUAGUCCGGCCCUACGGCCCCGACGCCGCCACAGAAAACCCCCAUCGCCACAGGAGGCAACAAGGAAUGGCCUUCAAAAAGGACGGCGAAAUCACCGUCUCCGGCGGCUGGUCCAUGGACUACGUCCAAGUGCGCUCCGGCUGCGAAUGCCAAAUCAUCCCCACCCUCAAGCCGAGGAAAAAAAACCAGCACAAAAACAAACUAGAUCGGCUCAAGCACGGGAAAAGAAUAAAAGAACUCGUGAGAGAACGAAGGAAAUACGAGGAUGGCGACGAGACCUGAUUGUGGAACUCAGUGCUAGUGUAAUCCAGUGGGACUUUGAACAAAUUUACGAGGAUUUAUCUCGACUUAGUAUUACGGGAGUGUCUUCGCAUCUGGUUUCCGUGAUUUAGCCUGCCGACCGGCGGGCCGAGGACAGUUUAGUUUUAAGUAAUUAGAUGCGGAGACAUUUAGCUAGAUUACAAGACGAUGUGACUCAGAUGUUCCAAAGCUAAAUAUCGCUUGCUAGUGACUAUGAAGAUAGCAAAUAAUUACUUACCGGGGUCACUUUCACAUUUCGCAGUAGCAGUAAAUAUUAUGGUAUUGACGACCCAACCGACCACUACGGCAAAUUUAUAGUCUAGCUACUUAUCGCUAACUUCUCACGUCCAGUAGCCAAUUGCAUACACAAGUAUCUACUUAGCUGCAGAUCUUGUAAGAAAUAUUGUAUUCAAUUUGUACGUUUGUAUGAAAUAGUUCCGGGACCAUUUCUUGGUCAGUUUGUUCAGUGUAAUUAUAAUAAAACAGUAAGCCUGAUCGUUGUGUAUACUUACUUAAUUGUUGGCAUUAACCUUACUUACUUUUGCAAAGAUCUGUCUAACCCUAAAAAAAAUAUACCUAAUAAGAUUUGGACACUGUUUCAUUUCGUCUUGUAAAAGUUAUGUUACCGAUGCGACAUGUCAGGUGUAAGCUUGUAGAAGCCUAUCGGUUGAUUGUAUCUAUUGUAUUUAUUUUCGGAAUUUCGUCUAUAUAGUUAUGAUUCUUGUUAGUAUUGUAUAGUUCUUGAAUGAAUAAAACGGGACUAUCUGCGGUGCCUUGUGGAACUGAUGUGCCUUAAAUACCAUUGUUAACUUUUAAUUCUUGUCAUAUUACAUAGAUGACUAAACUUCAUUUGACACUUUCGUUAAUUCAGUUUUUUUUUUAUAAUGACAUAAUAUUUCAUAUUGACUGAUAUUUUUAUCACAAGUAUUGACCGUGAAGAGGAUAAUCAAACUUAUGAAGAAUAAUUAAAACUACAUUUAACACCCUUACUAAAUUCAAAAUGACGACGCUAAAGUUUAGUUUCCAUCACCCGGCAGAGAUGUUCCAUUGAUUAUUAAGCUCUCUUCCUCUUAAAAUUAAGAAUAUUUAUUCAAAGUUAACAUUUUAGAUUUUUGUUAUCAUUGUAACGGUACUUACUACGCUAGGCAUAAGUGCGAGUCAAAGAUCUGUAUUAUUUUCUAUUUUGUAAUACUUUUAUUGUAUUUAAAUGUAGUUGUGUAAGGAUAUUCAUUUAUUUAUACUGUUUAAUACGAGGUAUUCCGAUUUUCAGUAUGAAUGUUGAAUGUAUGUUGAAAUCGCUUCCAUAAAAUGUUAUGAAUGUUAAUAAAUAACACAGUAGUAUUGUUGACUGAGAUUAUUUUGUGCAUUUAGAUGUGUAAUUUAAUAGCAAGACAGAUACUUUAACCAUUAACAAAAAUAGUAGCAUUCAAUAAAUUCGAAGCUUUAAAUGUUCGCGUCACUAUAAAACUGAUAAUAGCGCCAUCUACUGACGAGUAGCAAAACUGCUAAAUAUAUAAAAUUGUAUUAUAAAGAGGAUUUCACAUUGAUUUUGAACCUCUAAUAAGACAAAAUAUAGGAACACAAUAUUUCUUAUUUAACCACAGUAGACAGUUGUAUGUACCUAUUGUUAAUUACUUAGUAUCACAAAACAGUGCCAUGUUCGUAAUUAGUAUAAGCCAUUUUUUUCAUUUAAAUGUGAAUCGUCAUUCGUGUUGUUUCAUGUAGUCAGUUUUGUACUUAGAUUUUUAUACGUACAUAACUCUGCCACCGAAUUUAAAUAGAUAUUAAAUAAAAAAAUAAUUACUA